GUCACGUUAAAACCCACAAAGACACAUAAGUCACGAAAACUUAAAUCUUACUAAAUGAUAGAUGAUCAAUCAUUAAUUAACUACGAUUGUCGUCAGUUAUGAAAUUUAAUUUACAGGAAAAUGCAGAUGAUGGUUUGGGGCCAAAAAAAUACGAUGUGAUUGUGAAUGUGAUAAUACAAGUCAAGAUGCAAAGUACAAAGUGGCUAAUGUAGGCAUAUACUGUACGUUGUAACUGAGCAAAAUUAUAUCAUAGCCUGUUUAACCCAACUCAUGAAUUGACUCGGACAAAAAUCAUUUUACAUUUUUUAAUUAUCUUAAAAUUAACCAGGAGAGUAUGUUUAUGAAAGUACCUUUAAAAUAUGCGGUGGCCUAGACCGAUGACAUCGCUGUUUACCCUUUUAAGGAGAUGUAUGAUUACGGUCGGACCAUGCUAAGGCGUCACAUGCGAGGAAGUGACAAAUUUGAAAUUACUUUUGUCUAUGUGGGGUGUCGGUACACUAGCAUGACAUCAUCUUGCAAAGCCGCCAACUCCUCAGUAAGAAAAGAGACAUGCUGCUGUUGGUGCUAGGAGGCCUCCUAGUGCUCUUCUGCACUGUGGAUGUGUGGUACUUUCUGCGGGCGGUGUAUGUGUUGAUCCAAACCCUGCUGCUGCCGCGCAUACGGGACGUGCUGGCGGAGCAACAAUUGGAUGGCGUGGUUCUCCCCCACGACGUGGACUACAAGGGUCACAUGAACAACUCGCGCUACCUGCGUGAGUGUGACUUUGCCCGCUUCCACCACUACAUGCGCACCGGGCUCUUCCUGGCCCUGUGCAGGAUGGGGGCCAAGAUGGUGAUCGGAGCCUCCACCAUCCGCUACCGGCGCUCCUUGGCCUUUGCCGAGACGUUCGAGAUUCGCACCAGGAUACUGGGCUGGGACGACAAAGCUUUCUAUCUGGAGCAGCGCUUCGUGUCCAAGAAGGACGGCUUUGUGUCAGCCGUGUUGCUCUGCAGGCAGAAUGUGGUGCACAGCAGCCCUGAGGAAAUUGUUGAGUUUGUCUGCAAAACGAAGAUCAAAUGUCCUCCACUAGGCGAGGACGUGAAGCACUGGAUCAACUUCAUUUCAGCCAACAGCCAAGCCCUGAGAGCUGAGAGCGGACUGGAGCAGAAGAAGAAUGAAUGAACGCAUGCAUAUCGUUAGCAAUGCAAUCACAAACACAGUAGAACAGUUCCACUUGCGUAAUUUUUUUUUUUUGUAAUUUUAUUUAAGGCAAAUAACAUUGUACGGCGAUAUGAACGUGAACCCGAGUGAUACGUUCACACAGGCAUGCUGCAGCAACCUGAUCUCUGCGUGGUUGUAUAUAAAAUGCACAAAAAAGCUUCCCAUCUCAGGCAACGUUCCUGUUUUAUCAUAAAGGGAUCAUCUGCUGUUUUUUUUUUUUUUUAAAGGUAUAGCUUGGUGCUCUGAUGGGUGGUAUUUAAGACUUAAUGUAAUGUUGCAGGCAACUUUGGAAGGGAAAUACAUGAAUAUGAAUUAUUUAUAAAAUUUGCACUUCAUCUUCUGACCAAAAUGUUUAUGCCAUUAUUAUUAGCGUUCGAUUUGUAGGUCUGAAUGUUUGUUAUGAAUGCACUGAUGGAAGCGAGAGUCAUGCAUUGCCCUUUUAAGUUGCUCUUAAAUUAUUUGUUGAAUGAAUCCAUGUGCAAUAACAGUAUGUUUGUUGGUUCUAUUUAAUAACAUUUUCAAAUACAAAUGUACUUGUCUUA